AUGGCAUCCUUGAACGGAGACUGUCCAGCUCCUUUCCUACAGGAGUCCCUCUUCCCAACCAUCGGGGGGUUUGUCGAUGGUCGUUAUUGCGAGGACAUAUCUUUUGGCAACAAUACUUACUCAUGCUGUCUGCCAUGUCCGCUCGCUGAAUGGAGAUAUGACGCUGAUCUGGACAAGAAAAUCGAUGUCGCGAGCUGGAUCAGUGUUGCUAUUCUCCCGCUCUGUAUAUUCUUGCUGGCUUCCUACGCCGUUUUACCGGUCAAAUGGACUCACCGUCACUAUUUGAGUAUCUGCUUCACGCUAGGCAUUUGUUGCAUGGAGAUCGCUUUCAUCAUCCCCCUCGGUGCCAAACCUCAGCAAUGUUACAAUGCCAUUACCCCAAAUGACAUGCACUCUGAUCUGUCCUGCGCAUUCUCCGGGUCUUUCUUACUAUUUGGCGGAUGGAUGGUGGUGAUGUGGAGUUUCAUUCGCACAAUCGCCUUCCACCUCCAAGUCUGCUGGGAAGUCGUCCUCGGACCUAAGUUCAUGUGGGGAGCCUUCGUCUGUGGCUUCGGUAUCCCAGCAAUCGGCCUAACUGUGAUGCUGAUCCUAACGGGCGUAUCCUUCCGGUUCGGCGAGAUCUGCCAUAUCAAUGUCACCCACGCUCUACAGGACUACUGGAUCCCAAUCAUGGUCUUCGCCGCCGCGGCGCUCUUCUUCCAACUUUCAACAAUGGGCUACUGCACCCAUAUCUACCUCCGCUCUCUCUUCGACAGAUCCGCCUCAACAACAAACAGCUCCGGCCUCCCCUCCUACGACGCCAGCGUGCGCACAGUAACCGCCCGCCAGGCCUACCGCCGAAUUCGCCGCAUCCUCCAACUCCAAUGGCGCGGCGUAGCCCUUGUCUUAAUCAUCAUCGCCAACGUAAUCUACUUCGCAGUAGUAUUCAUCGAGCUCGACAACGCCACCGCCCCAACAGCCCAAAACGUCGAAGACGCCACACCCUGGCUCCUAUGCCUAGUGGAAACCCGGGGCGACAGAGUCGCCUGCCGCUCCGAAGCAGCAGCAAUCGGCCCCAAUGAAGCAACCAUCCUAGCAGUGGUAUUCCUCCUCUCGCUAGUAGGCUUCUGGAACUUCAUCCUCUUCGCCCGACCCUCAAUGUUUGCCGGCUGGCUGGACCUCUUCAAGCGCACAUCACGCCGAAACGAAUUCGUCUCCGCCGAUGCGCACACCCGUUUUGUUGAUAACAAGGGUUUCGAGAUGCUUACCACAUCCGUUAAGAGCCCCGAUACGUUCAUGCGUUCGCCUAGCCCCGUCGAGCACCAGGACCGGGCCCGGAGUCCGAUCGCCAGCCCUAGUCCCGCUUUCGACCGCAGGGCCCAUUUCGGACAGGAGGCCCGCUAUAUUCGGCCCUCCAUGAGCUUUUCGGGGCCCAGACCGCCUGAGUCGCCGACGACGGUGCGUGAGUGGGAUCCUCAGGCGACUUUUGCACCGGGGUAUACACGAGAUUAA